GCGUAGAGGUGGUGUGAAUUAUCUCAAGUGGGCGGCACACUCCAGAAAGUUUACAGUAAACAUCUCAUGCAUUUGUACAGAGCCCUCAUCAACACUAAUGGCACACGGCACAGACACACUGCUGCUGACCGGGCGUUUAGUGUGUUUUUAGGCCUCAGACCAAUCUGAGUGGACGCCACCUGGUUCAAUUUAGUGAUUUCAGAAAUGAGGAAACGUGUGAUCCAGAUAUUUGGCUUCUUGAUCACAUCACUGGGAUGGCUGUUUAUACUGUGUACUAUGGCCAUGGACUACUGGAGGAUCAGUCAAUUAGGAGGACAAGGAGGCUCCUUUAUCAUCAAAGUGGCCUGGUACUGGUCCAACCUGUGGAAGGACUGUUUCACCGACUCCACAGCUGUCACCAACUGUAGAGACUUCCCUGUGCUCUGGAGCGUCACCCCUUUUGUCCAGGGAGUACGAGGAUUGCUAAUGUGCGGGUUAACGCUUGGCUUCUUUGCUGUAGUACUUUGCUUCCUUGGGAUGGAGUGCACUUUUAUUGGUGGAGCUGAAAAAUCCAAGGACAAAAUGCUUUUUGCCGGAGCUGUGUUUCACGUUGCUGGAGGUGUGUCAGAUAUUGCUGGCUACUGCUUAUACAUCAACAGGGUUGCCAGAACAUCCUUUGCUUCCACUAUACCUGCUGGAACCUUACGGUAUGACCUCGGACCUCCCAUAUUUUUAGGACUGGUGGGAUGUUUUUUAAUCUAUUUAGGGGCUGUGUUUUACGCUGUGACAGUCUUCCGAGUGUUAUGUCCUGAAAGCCCAGUGGUAUAUGCUUAUGGAGGAGGCACAUAUAUGGCUCCACGUUCCAGAGGAAGAACCCUGUACACCGGAUACUACAAACCCUCCAGGCAGUACGGGUAUUACGGGGGCUCCGGACGAUCCGGCAGCUCAUACAUCUCAAAGAUCUCUCAGACAACACCGACAAAAAACUCAGAAAGAGAUGCAUUUGUGUAGUAGCCCAAAGCUCAAGCAAGAUAUAUCUGAUAGCUCCAAAUCUGAUUAACUAAUAAUCGGCAUUUAUCUAAUACCGUAGAUAGAAUGAGCUCCCUCUUUAGUGCAUCAUAUGUACAAUUGUAAUUUUUUGUUGAUAUAUAAAUACACUGUCUUGUGUUUACUCAUGAUUUAAGUUUGUGAAUGUAUGUCUCUGAAUUGAUGUAUAAUAAAAAGAAAAACCUUUGUACCUACAA